AUGCCUGUGCCAGCUCUCUUUCAGCACCAAGGACAGAACCUCUCGGCGGGUGACCCUAGCGACGUUUAGUUUAGGAUCCCUCCCAAAUCCUCUAGAAAAAAAACGGAUGCGUUCAAAUGCAGCUAUAAAACAUGCACCAAGGUCUAAUAGGGUAGCUGGGAAAGCAGCACACAAGUAAUUUCACCUUAGAGGUAAAAAUGGGUGAUUUUCUUUCUGUUUAUGUACAUAGUUUCCGUGUCCUGGGAAAGGCAAAAGUUUGCUUUGCUUGAGUAUGUCUGCUGUCAGUAAAUGGCUGCAGGGACUGAAGUGCUAAACUCCACAGUCUCCAGAAAUCAGAAGAAAUUUUCAGGGACACCCCUUGAGGUCACGCCCCUCCUUCUGGGCUAUGGCACCUUUAAGCCAGCUGAGUGGCCACCUGAACUAUACCUGCGGGGCAGAGAACUUCACAGGUGCUGAUCGGGCCCAUCCACAUGCCUACUACGCCCUCUCCUACUGUGUACUCAUCCUGGCCAUCGUCUUUGGCAAUGGUCUGGUGUGUGUGGCUGUGCUGAGGGAGCGGGCCCUGCAGACCACCACCAACUACCUGGUGGUGAGCUUGGCCGUGGCAGACUUGCUGGUGGCCACCCUGGUGAUGCCCUGGGUGGUGUACCUGGAGGUGACAGGUGGAGUCUGGAAUUUCAGCCGCGUUUGCUGCGAUGUUUUUGUCACUCUGGAUGUCAUGAUGUGUACAGCCAGCAUCCUGAACCUCUGCGCCAUCAGCAUUGACAGGUACACUGCAGUGGUCAUGCCGGUUUACUACCAGCAUGGCACAGGGCGCAGCUCCUGCCGGCGUGUGGCCCUCAUGAUCACAGCUGUCUGGGUGCUGGCCUUUGCUGUGUCCUGCCCUCUCCUCUUUGGCCUCAACACCACAGGGGAUCCCAGAGUCUGCUCCAUCUCCAACCCUGAUUUUGUCAUCUACUCUUCGGUGGUGUCCUUCUACCUGCCCUUCGGAGUAACUGUCCUUGUCUAUGCCAGGAUCUACGUGGUGUUGAGACAAAGGAGACAGAAACGGAUCCUUACUCGGCAGAACAGUCAGUGCAUCAGUGUCAGGCCCAGCUUUCCUCAACAAUCUUCCUGUCUGCAGCUGCAGCCCAUGCAGCAGUUUUCAAUAAGGACCAGAUUUCCAUCAGAUGCUACAGGAAAAAUGGAACAUUCAGAAGAUAAGCAAUAUCCCCAGAAAUGUCAGAAUCCUCUCUUGUCACAUCUGCAACCCCUCUCUCCUGGCCGGCCACACAUGGAGCUGAAGCGCUACUACAGCAUCUGCCAAGAUGCUGCCUUGGAAGGACCAAGCUUCCAGGAAAGAGAAGGAGAACUGAAAAGGGAGGAGAAGAGUCGGAAUUCCCUAAGCCCCACCAUAGCACCCAAGCUCAGCUUAGAGGUCCGAAAGCUCAGCAACGGCAGGUUAUCAACGUCCCUGAAGUUGGGGCCCCUGCAACCUCGGGGAGUGCCACUUCGGGAGAAGAAGGCAACCCAGAUGGUGGUCAUUGUGCUUGGUGCCUUCAUUGUCUGCUGGCUGCCCUUCUUCUUGAUUCACAUUCUCAAUACCCACUGCCAAGCAUGCCACGUGUCCCCAGAGCUUUACAGUGCCACAACAUGGCUAGGCUAUGUGAAUAGCGCUCUCAACCCGGUGAUCUAUACCACCUUCAAUGUCGAGUUCCGCAAAGCCUUUCUCAAGAUCCUGUCUUGCUGAAAAAGGAAAGGAGGAAAUACUGCCUGUACCCCAUUUCUACCUGCCAUCCUAUGGGGCCUCUAGCCAGGGUCUGCCCCAAAAGACUGUGUGAUGUCCUCUGGUAUGUGCUAGGAAGAAGAUUCUGGGAGCCAGGACGUCCAUGAGUGGCCGAUGUAACCAAAUGCUUUUUCCAAAAUAGAAUGUUCUACCUCCCCAGCUAAAAUCUGACUUCAUUAUGACAAUCUCCAAACAGUUGGGGAGCCCCUAAGUGAUGAGGAAUAAUUCAGAAAGGAGCUGAUGAAACGUGACUCACACAAAAUUGUCAUUGGGAGUAUGAUUCAUUACGGUGAAGGAAAAAUGAACAAAUUUCAUCAUUCUCAAUUUGCCAGGGAUCCUUGAAGUUUCAGACAGUAAACCAUCUUACAGAACAACUAAUUGUUCUACCUUCAAACGUCUAACUAACUGUCAGGCUGACCUUGUACUUUCAUGAGCCAGUUCCCUCUUGGUCAUUACUUUUCUUCACUGUAUCUGGAAAUAUGAAUAGCAAGGCCAAAACUUCUACCUCACUGUAGAAUCUAAUUGGCUACAUUUGAUGAGGUGCAUGCCUUAGCCCCAGGGGAAUACUGUCCCAUAUUGGGACCAGAACUUUGUUUCAAACCUUGCUACCCUUUUCUUUUAGGUCUAGCUAAUUUCUUUUGGGUCCGGCUAAGAAGUCCCUUUCAUCCUGUUCCCUUAUUCUUUUGAGGCAGUCUCAGAAUUUCAACUUCCAGGGUCAUUCAAGAUGGGGAUAUAACUGAAAAAGGGAUGACAGUUCCCAGUGUAUCACUGUUGAACUUACCAUUCAGAACGCGUCACUGAUAUGCUUUUCAUAACACUAUAAGGUUUUCCUAUUGAGGGCAUCCUCUUUUUUGCUGAACAGAGACCCAAUAUAGUCAUGUACCAUGUAAUAUUUUGGUCAAGGACAGACAUAUACCAUGCUGGUCCCAUAAGAGUAUAAAAGAGAUGAAAAAUUCCUACCACCUAGUGAUGUCAUACCGUUGUAAUGUUAUAGCACAAUACAUUACUCACAUGUCUGUGGUGAUGCCUGUGUAAACAAAUCUACAGCAAUGCCAGUCUUAUAAAUGUAUA